UUACAGAUUCCUUUAAAAGAGUGAGUCAGAGACAGACUGAGUAGAGUAAGGGAGGGUACUGGAGCAGUGUAGCUGGAAAUCUGAAAAUUUCACAUCUGGAUUUACUCAGGAGGAAUGACUCUUCAACCUACAAGCGCCCCAGACUUCAGCACCACAGCUUUAUAUGGAGACCAAAACAACACCAAUGGCACUCAUUGUCCUGAUCCAGAUGCUUGGGAGUGGCUCAACUCGAGGCAGCCAGUGUAUAUCCUGCUCAUCACGGUUCUGGGAAUCGUGUUUAAUGUGUUUGUCCUGAUGGUUUUCUGCCUUCAUAAGAAGGCGUGCACUGUGGCUGAGAUCUACUUGAGCAAUCUGGCUGCUGCUGAUGUUGUCCUGGUGUCCUGUUUGCCUUUCUGGGCUGUCAACAUAUCCAACGGUUUCAACUGGCCUUUUGGUCUGUUCCUUUGCAAAGUCGUCAGCCUGGGCAUUAAGAUGAACGCCUACUGCAGCAUCUACUUCCUCGUUCUGGUCAGCAUAGAUCGCUAUGUGGCACUGGUGCAUACAAUGUCCCAUGGCAGAAUGCGUAGGCCAAAAUAUGCCAAACUGGGCUGUGUGCUGAUGUGGGGGUUGGGCUUGCUCCUGAGUGUUCCCACACUCAUCUUCAGGGAGGUGAAACAUUUCCCUGAGUUUGGUGUACAUGCAUGCUUUCUGGACUAUCCAAACCACACUGUAGAGCUGCUCUGUGAUGGGAUGUUGAUCGUUUUUAGCUUCAUCAUCCCUGUUUCAAUUAUCUCAUUCUGCACUGUCAAGAUUAUUCAGGCUUUGAAGAUCCAAGCAAUAGAGAGGUUCAAUGCUGAGAAAACUGAGCAGAGGGCCACAACUUUGGUGCUGGUGGUUCUCCUGGCGUUCCUGAUCUGCUGGGUGCCAUUCCAUGUGGUCACCACACUGGACGUGCUCUUACGAGCUGACGUCCUGGGAGGGUGUCACCUCAUCACUGUCCUAGAAAUCUGUAACCAGAUCUUCACCUACUUAGCCUUCUUCAACAGUGUUCUCAACCCCAUCCUCUACGUCAUCGUAGGAAAGAACUUCCGGAAAAAAGUUCGGGAAGUCUUCAAGCAGUGGAGCAUUAAGAGAACAGCAAACUCUGAGUCCACACGUUCACUGUCUUCUACGAUAAAGAGUUUGGUAUAAAAUAUUGCUUUCAAAAGCACUGUUCAAAAAUAGACUUUGCAGAAAGAUAACUGUGGUGGAUGGUCAUUUGAUAGUCUUGCGCCAAUGUAAAUGAUUCAAAUGAUGAGCUAAAUUGAUCAUUUGUUGUGGAUGCAAUUGUGUAGUAAUGGGACCAUAUCACUUUUAGGAAAUGUAAUUAUACAGUAUGUGCAGUGACAUAGAAGGCUUGAAUGAAUGUUCCCUCCUGGAGAAGGUGUUACAGAUCGCUAACAAAAGUGGUAUUGUGUCUCAGCCAGUAUUGUGUCUCAUUAUAUGUCACUUAUGAUAAGCUGGAAAACCUGACCAAACACAAUUGCUUUUCUCACUUUUAUAACACCUUACACCACAAGCAGUAAAAAAUCAGCCUGGUUGCUGUAAAAUAAUUUAUGUAAAUGCAGUUUUCAUAUUCGUCUUGUAUUGCUGAUAACUCAGAUUGUAAAUAGUUCCAGUAUUUGUUUUUCUCUGUACAUAACCGUCAAAUAAAACAUACAUAUGGUUUUGUGGAUGUCUCAACAA